AUGGCUGUUUGUACUGGUCGAGAAAUAGAUUUGAAAAAUGAUGUUUUUACUGUUAUUGAAGCUCUUGACAGCGGCAUUUUUACAUUCUCAUGCUAUUCUUUAUUAUGGAAGCACACCGAUUUCGAAGCAUCUACAAGGAUGACUAUCUGGGAUGGUAGAGAUGGCAACGACGACUUUUUCAUUCGACGUUAUAAUUCAAACACUUAUAACGAUGAAUCGGGAUAUUUGUCAAAUGGUGAUAUAAUUAGCCUACUCCAUGUACUCAGUGGAACGGCACUUUAUAGUCAUCCCGUAUUAUUGGAUGAUGGAACUCAACAAGUUUCUUGUCAUGGAAAUGGAAAUGACGAAAAUAAGGUGCGUAUUGAAUUAAUUGAUGAUUCGAAAUUUUUGAAGAAGUAUUCGUAA